AUGUCGUUUCAUGAGGAGAACCUAUUCAAAUCAAUAUGUUUAAAAUUUUUCGAAUUUCACAAAAUUGGUUGGACUUAUGAACAAAAAGCUCUGUUAUUAUUUAUAAUUGUUGAUUGGACAUCAUCAUCUGCUCCUUCCGAUCGAAAACUCAAAUUGCAACAUCUUCUUAAUAUCAUCUCAGAUGAUACAAUUGUUUCCCUAGUAUCCGCUGAUCAAAUUCUCAAUGUUAUCCAAACACAACCAUCUACUGAUUGGAGUAGUACAUUACUUUCUUUAGUAACUUAUCAAAUUGACAAUAAUUUUAAAUUUCCUGAUGAAUGGUUAAAAUCAUAUAUAUCGCCAUCACCAAUUGACCCUAUUUCAAGUAAUAAUGAUCUCAUAAAUACCACUACAGAAAUUGAACGAACAAGAAUACGAACUGAUACAGAAAGAUGCUUAGAACAAAAAGAAUCAGAUCUUCUACGGGUUUCAUUGCAAACCAUAGACUCAAUACCGUUUCACAAUUUUCAUUAUUCGCCAGAGCCAGAACCAUUAGAAGAAUAUCAAUCGAUUCUAAAUGAAAAUUUAAAAGAAUUAACAUAUCUCAAAUGGCCUGCAAGUGAUAUUACAUCAAUAAAAAGUGUGAUUUUAAAUCCUCAUAAUUUCAACAAUCUCGACAUUCUUAAAACGUCGAUUCUUCUGAUUGAAACAAUUGUUACCAAUCGGUUGUCUGAAUCAAAUACAGUUAAACGUAUUGUUAAAUGUUUGUUAGCAAAACCAAAUAAUAGUCGAAUUUGGAUGGAAGAAUUACAAAAAAUUGUAAAAGAAUCAGGCACAGGUAAAAGUCUACAAUCUUUACUCGAAGAAUUGAUCAGUUUAAAUCCAAAUCUAACAAAUCAUUCUGAUUUAAAACGUAUAUUUCAAACAGUUAUGAAUUAUCAUACAAACAAUGUUUCUCAUUGGACAGUUCAUGAUAUUAAAAACUGGUCACGAACACAUUCUUCAACACACAGUCAUCCUUUUUCAUCCGAUGCUGAUUGUUAUAAAAUGGCAAUCAUCGUACGAGCUGCAUGUCUUCAUAAACAAUAUUUACCACGUGAUAUACAAAUCUUAUCUGUUAUUCUCAUGCUAACACAUAAUACACCAGGUGGACGAAUUGAACAAAUUAAAACAGGCGAAGGUAAAUCAAUUAUUGUUUGUAUGUUAGCUGCAUAUUUAGCUGUUGGUAAACAAGGUAAAAAAGUUGAUAUAAUAACAACAUCUGAAGUUUUAGCAAUACGUGAUACAGAAGAAUUUAAAGAUUUCUAUGAUAUGUUUAAUCUUACAUGUACACAUAAUUGUCGAGAUGGUAGAGAAAAUGAUAAAACAAAUUAUUCAUUAGAUAUUGUUUAUGGUACAAUCAAUCAUUUUGCUGGUGAUCUUUUAAGAACAGAAUUUUAUUUACAAAAUGUACGUCAAAAUCGACCAUAUGAUGUAGCUAUUGUUGAUGAAGUAGAUAGUAUGUUUAUUGAUCAAUCUAAUAGUUAUACUCAAUUAGCUUCAUUAACACCUGGCAUGAAAAGUCUUACUAUAAUAUUUCGUUUAAUAUGGAAUUGUUUUUCUACAUAUCAUAUAUCAAGUACUGGUCGUGAUAAUGAUGAAGAUAAUGAUUGUUUUGUUAUGAAAAAUGAACAAAAUGAAUCUUGUCAAAUAAAUAUACUUACAUUUAUUAAAAAGAAGUUAGAAGAUCGAAAUCUUUUACGUUAUCCAAAUUAUCGUCAACAAUAUAUACAAUCAAAAUUACGAGCUUGGAUUCAAAGUUGUAAACAUGCAAUGUAUUCAAUGCAUGAAAAUAUUGAUUAUGUUAUAUCUGAUGAUGGAAAAAUUGUUGUUGUUGAUUAUCAGAAUACAGGUGUUUCACAGACUAAUAUGCAUUGGAAUGAUGGUUUACAUCAAUUUCUACAAUUAAAACAUAAUUUAAGACUAUCACCUGAACGAAUGUGUGAUUCAUUUUUUUCAAAUGUAACAUAUUUUAAGAAAUAUCAACCGAAUUUAUAUGGAGUAACAGGUACAAUUGGAACCAAAGCAUCACAAGAUUUUGUACGUGAUGUUUAUGGAGUUGAUGUUGUGUUUAUACCGAAGUAUUUGGAUAGUGAUUUUAGAAUUUGUCCAGAUCAAGUUGCUCAAUCUCGUGAACAGUGGCUCGUUAAAAUUUCUGCAGAAUGUCACAAGAUAGCAAUACAGAAAAAACGUGCUGUUCUCAUUAUCAGUCAGACGAUUGCCGAUGCCGAAGAUAUCGCAAAGAAAUUGAAAUCUUCACAACAUCGAAAUGUUAAACUCUACGUACGAAGCGAUCUAAAACAACAUGUAAAACCUGAAGAUAUACAUGAAGGUGAUAUUAUUGUUGCAACAAAUCUAGCAGGACGUGGUACAGAUAUGAAACCAGUUACAGCUGUUAAUGACCGUGGUGGAUUACAUGUUAUUGUUACAUUUCUUCCACGAAAUCUUCGUAUUGAACAACAAGCAUUUGGUCGUGCUGGUAGACAAGGUAAACCUGGCAGUGCAUGUUUAAUGAUUUAUCAAGAUAUGCCACCUGAACUCUAUUCAUUCAUUGAUGAAGCUCAAUUGAUAGAAAGAAUUAAAGUUGCACGAGAUAAAAAUGAAGUAAAAAUGAUUCAACAAGCAUUGAGUCUUGUACGAAAGAUUGAAGCAAAAGAUCAACUUUUGAAACAAUUUUUAGAUCUAGUACACAGUGAACGAGAUUCAAUUGAUUUUGGUAAUAAUAAAACUUAUCGCCCAGGUUUUGAUUCAAUGAGAGAAACAUGGGCAAAUUUUUGUUCGAAAAUUGAUGAUCUACAUAAUGAAACAGAAAUUCAACGUGAAUAUCAGACAUUUGCUAAUUCAAUAAGAACACGACUUGAACAAUGUCUUACAUUAAAACGAAAUGUUGCACCGCGUUAUACUCUUAUUCCAUUGAACCAUCAGCUUGUUUCAAUCGCUGUUACAGAUCAAGAACAUGAAAAACAAAUCGCUGAAAAUGAUAUUGAAAUAUUAAAUGCAUUAAUUGAAUAUCCAAAAUAUCUAAUCGAUGCUGGUAUUAACGAAUUAUGUGGUAAGAAACCGUCUGGUGCUCGAUUGCGUAGUCUCAAAUUAUUACAAGCUGCACAACAGCUUGAUAACACUGAUUUCAUUACCUAUUACAAUCAAAUUCCGUCUUUGAUUGAUCAAGAAAAAAUUGCAGAUGCUAAACAAGCUUUUACUAAUGCACUUGAACAUCUUGAACAAGAAAUGCAUUAUCGUGAAAUGUUAAAUAUAUUCAAUGCCGUACAACCAUCUGAUGAGAAUAAGAAAGAACAACAACAACCACGUUCUUUAGCUGAAAUUCUCUUUCUAAAUAUUGUCAAAGCAUAUAUUCAAGGUGCAAAAGAUCAAUUAAAGAAAUUUGAUUCUGACAAACAUGAAAUUGAAUGUAAAAUUGAAUAUUGGAAAGAAGCAGUAGAAGAACAAUUGAAAUCUACUAAAUAUGCACAUCUUAUGGCUGAACUUGAAGAUGAACGAAUGGAAUGGGCUUUCGAAGGAUUACAAUUUCGUUAUCAAUUUGCAAUAACAGCAAAACGUUCUUGGUGGAAAACUCUAUUUGUCUUUAUUAUAGGCAUUGCGCAAGUGGUUGGAGGUGCUAUAUUAUGUUAUUAUGGACAUGUGAAAUUUGGCACAUCUAUGAUCGGACAAGGUUUGGUUGAUGUUUUUACAGCUGUUUUUACAAAGAUUACAGAUGAUUUUAGUAUAUCUGAUUAUUUAAAGAAUAAAAUUGUUUCCUAUGGUACACAAUUGUUUGGCCUUGGAAUGCUAGAUCGAUUUGUUACACCACUUAUGUCAACACAAACAAUUAAUAUUAUUGGUUUUGGUGUUAAAACUGUCCAUGAAUUAGCUACAAAUGGAAUUAAUCUUGAUUCUUUGAAAAAUGUUGCCUUAGCUGCACUACAAGUAGCUGGUGUAAAUGGAAAUAGUUUGAAAUGUGUUAAAACAAUCAUGGAAAAUACUGAUACGGCUACAGCUUUAAUAUCGGGUGAUUUCAAACAAAUAAUGAAUGUAAAAACAGUAAAUAAUUUUUUGCAAUUAUUUGGUGGUGAGAAUGCAUUACUAAAAGGAAAAGAAAAAGAAAUCUUAAGUCGAGCACUUAAUUUCAGUGUAGAUCUUUCGCACUUUGAUAUAAAUAAUCCAUUAUCAAGUGCAUUUAAAUUAGUUGAAAAACAGAUUGGCUCAUUACCUGUAACUCAAUUAAUAAUCAAAAAUAUGAUUCGCAAUCAUUUUGUCGUUGGUAGUAUUGUUUAUUUUGUAUUUCCUUUAUAUGUUGUUAUUAUUUAG